AUGUUGCACAUCGGCGUGUCAACGGAUUCAACACGAAAUGUUUCCCAAGUAGGUCAGCAAGCCUCUAAAAGGUGGCUAGCUCCUCCCAGUACGCUGUCCCACCCUUGUGGGUGCAAUUUUGCACUUGAGAAACCACGUAAAAACAUCAAAACUGUAUCUUUCCAAAAAUUCCUCCCGGGACAGUCGAUUCCUCCAGACGAAAUGCGAAAUUUCAACAUGGCAUGGGACACUGAGAUACACACAGAAGAACGGUCGAAACUCGCAGAACCAAUGUACACAAAAGCGACGAUCGGAAAACGCAGCGCGCCUUUCUUUUUGCAGACUCCGUUUCUCCGUUCCGUGUGCCUGCAGCUGUGUUCUUUCUCUGUCCGUAAGUGGUACAAAAGAGGAUCGGACAUGUUUAUUAUGUCCAGGCAAGCGAAGCCAAUAGAGCAGGGUGGUACUGUCUCAGUCGGUUGUUCAGACAACGCAUGA